AUGAGCGAAUACGGGGAAACUGUUAAUAUUGGCCUUAAAGCGAAACCCCCUUCGUCUGGUGCCAAGCCUUCUACCUUUUUCACAACUCAAACAAAUAACCCAAUCCUUAAUGGUCGACCGCUUGAACUUACUGGUCCUCCUAUUACUAUUUACAAUAGAGGCUUUGCACAAUUCCUUGAAGAUUUUAAUAGUAUAGAACUGGAAGUACCUACUGACAUUUUGGAGUGGGUCAUGGAUAUUAUUUCCGCAUCAGCAGACAAAUAUUUUAACGAAGACGAACGCAUGAAGAAGAUGAGAGAGAUACUUUCGAAAAUAUUUGGCACCAUAACAUUGACUAGUUACGGGAAAGGUUACUCGUGCGAUGGAUUACUUACGGCUAAAGUAGGCCUUCUCGACGCUUAUAUUGGGAUAAUAGAAGGAAAAAAUGAGGUUGGAUCAGGUGGAACUGAUCCCAGUUUUCAAGGAGCAAUAUAUUACCGAGAUUAUUGGUCUCAGACAGUAGUUGAACAAAUUCGAGAUUGCUGUUGCGUACCAUCCUUUAUUAUCACCAUUACCGGACCAUGGAUUUGUGUACUCGGAGGCAUCUUCCUUAACAGGGUAGUGGUCCAGCCACUAACAGAUAUCAUUCCUCUUACAAUCAACGUACGAAAUGAAGACCAAGCGUUACGACUUGCUUUUGUACGACUCGGAAAUUUUUACAAUAAUUUAGACUUAACUCUACCUGGACAGACAGAACAGAGGUAUUUUCCCUAUCUUCGAAGUUUUAAAUUAGAUAAUAAAAAUGUAAAUUUUAUCUACAUCGAAGAGUUUGAAGAUGAUCACAUAAGAACUAUCUGGAAAGCUAGAACAACGAAUAUGGAGAAUAAUUAUGAUGUUGUCGUGAAAUUUGUGAAAAAUUACAAUAUAACAGCACAUAAUAUCUGCAGCGGAAGGGGUUAUGCACCGAAACUAUUAUACCAAAGCCCUAAAAAUGAAUUCCUAGCUCUUGGAAGAUAUGGGAUGAUUAUUAUGGAAUUUAUUGGUAUUUCGCUGGAUAGGAAACUUAAUCAACGCGAUAUUAGACCUAAUAAUAUUAUUUAUAACGAUGUAAA